AUGCGCCUAGCACCUUCAAAGUGCAAAGAUGGUCUGACUGAGCACUUGAAGACAGCAACAUCAGUGUUGGCACUGAUGCUUCACUACCGUACCUGCAAUGGGCCAUCACCUAGUCCCCUCCCUCAUCCAGUCUUUUCUUUUCAUUCUAAGGCUGGAAAUAUGAUCUGCAAUGGCAGACGUCAUUUAUAUCAAAAUUUCUCACCCAAUCCACCACCGAAUGGCUUUGUUCGGUCGUCAUCGUCACCACAUCACCUCAACGCGCCUGUAUGUCAGACCAAUUUGACUAGGCCGCUUAAUCCACCUGUUCAUUUCAAGACUUGGUCACAUGACAGUUCUCCGCAACAAUCCACCGGCCAACUACAGUCUAACACCAUUCGCCCUAGCGGGCUUCUCAGACCUUCACACCCUGGACACUACGCCACGGUGAUUUGUCAACAGCCUUCAACACAUCCACGGGAUAGUGGUCUGUCUUCGACUGCCAUUCAUCACAACCAUCCUGUUGACUUUACCGGGGUCCCUUCGACAACACCAUCUGCUCAUUCGUUACACAACUUUUCGGCCCCUCAUUCCGCUCAUGUAGAGGUUCCGAACACGCGGGACCCGUAUGCACAGGGUCCUCAUGUGGUCUGCAGAAGAAAUCCCCCGCCUCCCCCACCUCCACGGAGUAACAGUUGGCUUGGUCGAGCCUCCUCUGGGGACUCGUCACAUCAUGUUCCAUCCCACAUCACCCCCGGACCACAUCACCCGACUCCUACUCCUUAUACGAUGGCUACCACAACAGUCACCGAGCCAUGCAUUUCCAGAGGACGACAUGUGCAGUCGUAUCCGGCGCCUUCUGGUGUCUUUGUUGAACCCCAUCGACUUCAGGGACCAUCUAGUGUGGUGGGUUACCGGCCACCAUGUUCCAAUGGCUGCGGGCAGGUGAUCAAACCUGCAGGAACAAGAAUUCACGAUGCAAACACAGUGGUUGAGCUAACCGCCUCAUCACUCUCCACUCGCUUUCCGUUGCGCACCUCUGAUGAACCAGAGGCUGCUGCUGCAGGGUUGGUUGGUAUCGUUCUUAGUUCCCGGGCAGAAGAAUCCUUUCUCGACUGGAUACACGUUGAUAGUCACCUCUGUGCCGUUCGUCAAGCACACUUGGAUGAACUCACCAAGGUCGUGGCGUCCCUUGAUAACCCCGCUUCUCGUUGUCGGUCUUUCAUAUCCAAUCAUGGUCCCCUUCCAGCAACCACACCCGUGACGAGCACCGUUGCCACUCAGCCUACAGACUGUUCCGCUCGGACCGAGGUAACUAUACAUUACUUCCGCUUGUUGCGUGAUCCCGCUAUCUUGGAUCGCUUACUACGAGCUGUAUGUGGCACGAAUCGUGGAGGACGAUUCAUGGACUCUGAAGUAGCCUCCUUGGCACAAGGAAUCCUUCCACAUCUGAUUCGAAUAAUCUACACCGAAGUUCUGGCAGUCAGUGCGGAGGCCGCUGGUGAAGGAUAUGGUUUACGAACCCCCUGGCAGGAGAAUCCUACUGGAGAUGCAAAUUCAUGCGUAUCGAUCGAGAGGAGAACAAACGAUACUUCUGAUCCAAUGGUCAAGGCAGAGUCAAGUGAAUUGUCGAUGACCACCAGUAUGGAAUCCAGGCACUCAGAUGAAGAGGAGGAGGAGGAUCUGGAUGAUUUGGGGGAAUACGAUGUUGAGACUGUGUUGAACGUACUGGAAGAGAAGCCUGGCGGAUGGGCCACUGGUGCAGAAUUAGAUGCACUUCCCCCGGGAACUUCGAUCGAAGAACUCAAGAGCGCUGCAAUGGAGGCCAUUUCCCGUCUCGUACCAAUGUGUCAGGCGGAUUCGAAUCUAUGUGAACGCGACUUGGGCAUCAUUCAUUUACUCAAAACAAUCCAGACAUACACCAAUGUCCAGCAGGCUCGACUGAAACAAAGCCCCAGCUCGGUUAAUCCGUUGUCUGCAUCACUUCCCCGUUGUCCGGUUGCAGAAGUAGCUGCUUUGGUGCGACUCUCUUUUUAUCCGGAGCAUCGGACUGCGAUAUGUAGCCUGGGUGGUGUGCAUGCGCUGAUCGCGCUGUUACGCGCAGAGCAAUCUGCGUCGACGGAACUGAAUGACGCUGGUUGCGUGCACAGCUGCUCACCAAACGGCAAGCCCUCACAUGACAGCCAGGCUUCGCUCGAGCAUCAUUAUCACGAGACCAGUCUAGCCUUGCGUCGUUACAUUUGUAUGGCCCUGACCAAUUUGACCUUCGGAGUUGCUGAGAAUAAAGCGCUGAUUUGUAGGCGGGUGGCCAACUUAGAAGCAUUACUGGCUCAGCUGGAAUCGGGGAAUGAAGAGUUGAAACAGUCGCUGAUCUACCAUAUUUCUAUUUGGUCCACAGGUGGUGUGCAUGCGCUGAUCGCGCUGUUACGCGCAGAGCAAUCUGCGUCGACGGAACUGAAUGACGCUGGUUGCGUGCACAGCUGUUCACCAAACGACAAGCCCUCACAUGACAGCCAGGCUUCGCUCGAGCAUCAUUAUCACGAGACCAGUCUAGCCUUGCGUCGUUACAUUUGUAUGGCCCUGACCAAUUUGACCUUCGGAGUUGCUGAGAAUAAAGCGCUGAUUUGUAGGCGGGUGGCCAACUUAGAAGCAUUACUGGCUCAGCUGGAAUCGGGGAAUGAAGAGUUGAAACAGGUUUCAGCCAGCGUUUUGCGUAAUUUAUGUUGGCGCACAGAUUCCCGUAGCAAAUUAGCACUUCGUAGGGUGAACGCACCCCGUCGACUCACGCUAGCAGCGAUGAACGCCCAGCGAGACAGCACACUGCGUACCACUUUGAGCGCCUUGUGGAAUUUGAGUGCCCAUUGCUCUCAUAACAAGCGAGCCGUAUGCAGCGUGGACGGAGUUUUCUCCUUUCUUUUGGGCACAAUGCAUUGCAACGAUCUGAGCAAUCGUUUGGUUGUUGUUGAGAACAGUGGUGGCAUUCUGCGUAACGUAUCUGCUGUGGUUGCCGGACGGGAUGAUUAUCGGAUUUUGCUGCAUCAGAACAAUUGUUACCCCAUCUUGAUAGAACUGCUCCGUCAUUCACCUAGCCUCACCGUGGUGGUUAAUGUAUGCGGGACCUUGUGGAAUCUGACCGCCUCUCCUCGCUGCCCGACGGAUGAUUUAGUCCUCUUGUGCCGCCUUGGAGUUGUUGAUCUCUUACACCAGCUGGCACGCUCAUCGCAUGAACUCAUCCGGAAUAGUUCGACCGCCGUAUUGCGUAAUCUGAUGCAGCCACCUCGACAAACCCAGCAGUUGCCGACUGGAAUGGGUCCUACAUCACGAGAAACCUCAAAUUUCGAGCAUAACUACGGCAAUGGUUUUGCUCAAAGUGACACGGACCCCAGUUCCUCAUCAGUUGAUAGUAGGGACGAUGUUGGGGAUGAGGACGAUUCUUCUUGUAGCACUGAUCAGUCCUGUCGAAGGCGUCUGAACUCGCGAGCUAGACUUCGGUUUGGUUUGCUCUCUGUUGUACUUGAAGCUGAUGAUGCUGACGAAGAGGCUGCCGAGGAGACGGAUGAUGGUGAUGACGAAGAGGAAGAUACCUAUGAAGACGAAGGGUCCAUCUACCCAGACCAAGAAGCUAUGGUCACUGACGACUCUGACAUUAGUUCUCGAAGAAUAGUUCCCGUCUCCAUAGGAAACGUUGAUCCACAGCAGCUCGUAAACCAGGCAGUUACUGAUGGAUGUACCUGGCAGCAGUCGGAUACAGACGAGGAACAAGCGUGUGUGUACGCAGAAGAAGGUACGCCUUACCCUCCGGAUUCAACGACCGCAUCCUCCUUAGAAUUACAUCAGCGACCAAACAAGACCCGCCGAGGUCCUUCCGAAGAGUUUUACCUUGAUGACUCAGACUACUACGCUUCCGGUCAACAGCCGAUUGAACUUACAUCAUAUACUUCCAGUGACGGUUUGCUUCAUGUCUAUGCGAGUGAGGGCUCUCCAUCCCAGUUGAUGAGCGUCAGUCCAAGUGUGGUCAGUGUGAGCCCACCGUCGGAACCACACAAGUCAUCUGAUGUGUUUAACACCCGGGCCACCUCACAAAGACCGUCAGACGUGAGUGAUGAGGGUCCUCAGUUGCCUUCUCCGCCACCUGACGUGUCCGGUCUCGUCUCACCCUUGCUUACAAUGCAGCUGAACGAUUUCGACCCCGAUGUAAAUGGCUUCACACUUCCCCCUCCUCCUCUUCAGACUGUGCAGGAAAGACAGAUUCCCUCCGUGUCAACUGCUGAAUCUUCGGCCAUUAGUCCGAUCCCGACGCCACUCAUAUUUUCUCGAGGCACAUCAUCUUAUAUAUCCUCUGCAGAUUUGGGAGACUUACCUGUCGGUGUACAGUCUUCACCUCAAAGUGAAUACUCUGAACAGCCGCUUAUGCACGAGUCGGAUUUCACUGACGAGGUUGACACUAACCCAGAUAGUAGAGACGCAAUCAGUCGUCAUGAGUCUGGAAUUGAUGAGGAUGCUGACGAAGAUCACGAAGAGCGAUUAGCACCACUGACAUUCAGCAAUGGGGAUGGAGUUGAGGAGGGGAACGAAGGUGAGGAAGUUCGCUUGGCUUUCGCCGAAGAAGGUACUCCGCAAGAUACGAGGUCCUCGUCGGUUAGCGAGUCACUUCUUGCUUUUCCGAGCCGCGAUUGUGAACGGGCUUCUAGACCACCACUGCACUGUGCGAUGUACGGUUGGCCUGACCGAAACAGUCAUACUGUACCCGAUACAUCGGGUCAUCUGGUGGACGACCCCGAUGAUGAAGACGAACAAGGUCAGUCCCAUAUUCUCCAGCAGUGCAUCGCAUCAGCAAUGCCGGGGAACCCCUCCUUCACUCUUCGAGCAGACAUUCCAUCUGGACUAAAGUUUUCGUCUGACCACUCAACCCAAAUAGCCUUGUUUCCUCAGGCAGAUGACACCGUUCAGUCUUUUGCAGUGGAGGAUACACCUUUCGGAACCUCAACUAAAACUAGCUCUGCUAGUGAUUUAUUUGCACUUGAUGGAAAGGCAGAUCACUUACCGGAUCCGUCGCCAGUUUCUUUACAUCAGAAUCAUGAUCCUGACACCCCCUCGAAAGUAAACAAACAUCUUCCACAUUCCGAGCCUUGCAGCAGCCCUGGAAGUGCUGGUAGGAUCGGUUCUUCAAGCUCCAUCAAUGGGGACACAUCCUCUGACCUACUGUCCGAGGUCAUCCAAUCCGCAAUGCCCAAAGCUGCCCAGUCAGGACUCAGUGAUUGUUGUCCAGUUCCAUCUGACGGUGACUGCCUACAGCUAUAUGCUGUGGAAAGUAUCCCUGGGGAAGAUGACCUCUCGGAAUCUUCAUCGAUGCAACACAUGAACAGCAGUGGUCUAAAUUCAUUAUCCACCCAACCGUCGCUUCACUGUUCCUCCACAACCAGUCCGGCAAUGGAUGUAGUCGCCGCAGUUAGUGGAAUGGGUUCCUCCGACACUGGCUUGUCGGCCCCGCCCGCUCCUCCACGCCGUACCACUUCUGUCUUGUCAUCUCAAAAAGAUCCUUUUGCUCCAACCAGUCCGGUUGGCACCCGUCCACAAGCGACCGUCGCUCCAAUGCCCCAAGUCCAGCAAUGUCCACCUAUCACGACGGAACCUGCAGUGAUUGUGUUUUGUUCUGUACCUAGACCACCACUGCACUGUGCGAUGUACGGUUGGCCUGACCGAAACAGUCAUACUGUACCCGAUACAUCGGGUCAUCUGGUGGACGACCCCGAUGAUGAAGACGAACAAGGUCAGUCCCAUAUUCUCCAGCAGUGCAUCGCAUCAGCAAUGCCGGGGAACCCCUCCUUCACUCUUCGAGCAGACAUUCCAUCUGGACUAAAGUUUUCGUCUGACCACUCAACCCAAAUAGCCUUGUUUCCUCAGGCAGAUGACACCGUUCAGUCUUUUGCAGUGGAGGAUACACCUUUCGGAACCUCAACUAAAACUAGCUCUGCUAGUGAUUUAUUUGCACUUGAUGGAAAGGCAGAUCACUUACCGGAUCCGUCGCCAGUUUCUUUACAUCAGAAUCAUGAUCCUGACACCCCCUCGAAAGUAAACAAACAUCUUCCACAUUCCGAGCCUUGCAGCAGCCCUGGAAGUGCUGGUAGGAUCGGUUCUUCAAGCUCCAUCAAUGGGGACACAUCCUCUGACCUACUGUCCGAGGUCAUCCAAUCCGCAAUGCCCAAAGCUGCCCAGUCAGGACUCAGUGAUUGUUGUCCAGUUCCAUCUGACGGUGACUGCCUACAGCUAUAUGCUGUGGAAAGUAUCCCUGGGGAAGAUGACCUCUCGGAAUCUUCAUCGAUGCAACACAUGAACAGCAGUGGUCUAAAUUCAUUAUCCACCCAACCGUCGCUUCACUGUUCCUCCACAACCAGUCCGGCAAUGGAUGUAGUCGCCGCAGUUAGUGGAAUGGGUUCCUCCGACACUGGCUUGUCGGCCCCGCCCGCUCCUCCACGCCGUACCACUUCUGUCUUGUCAUCUCAAAAAGAUCCUUUUGCUCCAACCAGUCCGGUUGUCACCCGUCCACAAGCGACCGUCGCUCCAAUGCCCCAAGUCCAGCAAUGUCCACCUAUCACGACGGAACCUGCAGGCCCAUUGAAACCGGAUCGUUUGCUCAUUACUGAUGGACUACGAGGAACGCACCGGGCAUCCCUUACCCCGGCCGACAAGGAUGAUGCCAGUUCAUUUUCCUCCCUGCUUAGUAUUGAGUCUGUUGGACUGGAACAUAGUCUACUGCAAGAGUGCAUCACAUCUGCCAUGCCACGACCUAAGUUAAGUGGCCCGUUACGAAGACAACAACAUCAGCCUUGGGAACCAGUUCAAACAGGAUUCAGUGGUUCUAAUGAAGCCACUUUGUAUAAACUUUCCGCAUUAGCCCAAACCGGUGACCACAUUGAAAAUGAACCCAUAACAACAGAACCACAGAGUCUAUCAACUGACCAUGAUUCUCCACCUCUUGGGAGUGGUCUUUCCGCUCCGAUUCCCAAGCUUUCUUCUACUGGUGCUUGUUCCUCACUUUGUUCUCUGGCUUCAUCUGUUGGUCAUAAGUCGGCGCCCUCUGCCCCCACCACCACCGCAGGCCUGGUAACAGACCAAGCCCCGCCCUCUGCGAGGACGAAACGAAGCGGCGCGCUUCAUUUUUUAGCCAAUGGCUCCGACGGUGCGCCCCAUCCGCCUCAAUGUUCCAUUCCAACGACCGCGAUAAACGACAACAGAAGGAGUCCGGGUCCAACGGUCGUCGGAAUGAGCGCGGAAAACGUCACCAACGAUGGUGCAUUGUCGGAAGCCACAGCCGCUACCACUAAUGAAUCUGCCCGGUUUAUCCCACCUUCGACUAUUCCUCACCAAAGUAGUCUCCCCGUGCGAGAAAGCCGUCUACCUUGUUUGAAACGUGUGCAGCCAGUUUCUCCCCAAGUUGUCAAAGAACGUGACAUGACCGGUGUGAACGAUCAGGUUGCGAUCGAUCACACUCUGUCCAACAUACUUGCAGAGGGGAGUCAGGCCAUAUUAGCAGCGCUACAGGCCGCAGCUGACGAGGACCACGUGUCUUCUGAGCAAGUGAACAUGAGCGAGCGGCCACUUCUUUCGGCGAAAUCAUCCGCCCACGCAACUUCUGUAUCACCUGGUACUGCCGUUUCCUCCAACCAUCGAAUUCCGACUGCGUCUGUUCUCCCUACUCGUCUCGUCCAACCAUCUCAGCUAAUCAAACCGUCCCCCGUUCCUCAAAUCAAAAGUGAUGGCUCAAAAUUGGAUCCGAAAAAUUCAGCAAAACCCACUUCUAAAAUAGUCACCCCAGUCCAGGUCGCGAAGCAAUGUUCGAAGACGAACGACGCCAAAGCGGAGAAACAAGCCCGCGCCGUCGCAAAACAGUAUCGCCCGACCACCACAACCUAUUCUGUUCAGACAAAAACGCCAUCGGUUCAGCGUAGUGGUCUUCGACUUCCAGCCAAACAUUCGAUUCAGUCUCGUCUGGCCUCAACUUGUCCGCCAUCAGCUACCGGUCGGUCUCUGGUCUCUAGCCGGUCCACUUCAGUGUCCGGUUCACAGAACAAUCUUCACUUGCCAGGCUCAAAACUCGCCGUUCCUUCACAGUCUAUCUCUGCACAAUCCAUUUAUGCUGCACUGGCAAAACAAGAACGACACGCUACCAUUAACAACAGCAAACUAGCCAAACCCACAUCAGCAGCUACCUCAAAAUACAGAUAUUCAUCAUCUGCGUCCACAAUUCCAACUUCAGCGAAGAGUUGCAAUCCAGAUUCGAAGGCUUCGUCCACACCCAACGGACAUCUAUCCAAUGUGCAUUCAAAUUCAGACCAAUUGACAUCGAAGUUUGGCUAUAGUGCUACGUCGUCGCCAUCCUUGGUCAGUGAUGACAAUGGACCAAAACCGAUCCGCGGUGGUAGAAAGUCCCUAACAGGUCGGAAAAUGGCUACUACGAAUGAGAAGGUCUUGGAAAAGGUGGUUAUUCGCCCAAAUGGUCCCGCUUCACGUCCUUCCACACAGGUGAAUAGUGCUGCUAACCAAACGUUACCGGACUCUAUUGGACACCAUAUACGUCGUACCUCUUCCCAUGCUGAACCGACCCUCACUCCAAAAUCAGCAAAGUCCAGUCUGACCAAACUCCCGUCGACAGCUUGUUCGGGCUUGACAAACAAAACCGGUGUUAUUCGCUCGUCGUCUCCGACUAGUCCCUCCAAACUACAUACCGAACACAGGGACACAGAAGCUGGUAUGUGGAUAGUUCGUGGUGAACUGACGAUGGUCGAGCGAGCUAGUUAAGUAUUCCCCAUACUCCCCCAUCGUGACUUUUCGCAUUUUGUUAGGACUAUUUUCCUCCAUUCUGCCACAUGCCUUUUCUAUGAUUAGGUGUACUCACUCUCCUUUCGUUUUCACUGACCGAUUCAGUUGUUUUGUCCGCUCUCUUUCCACGUACAUCGUGCUUGUAGACAACUUUUCAGCUGAUGGUGUAAUGAGCGUCAAGGGAGUGGUUUUUAGAUUUUUUAUCUUGUCACAAUAAUAAAUCUAGUAGUUAAUAUGUACUUCAUCAUUUAUUCAUCCGCGAUAUCUGGCUUUCUUUUCGGUGUAAGAAUUCAAUCUCGCGCGAUCCUCCACUAAUAACUAACUGUACCUCUCUUAUCGGUCUGGUUCACCAUUUACCGGUCCUUGAUAUUUUUCUCACCUUGCAUUACAGCCAACUUUGGCUUUUCAGCACGCUUUCGACCUAUUCAUCUCUCUAGCGCCUUUCGUGAUCAUGUCAUGUACGU